UUUCUUUCUUUUUAUAGUGGACGACAGAAGGUAACAUGAACCGAGAUAAACGUUGGAAGAUCCAGGGAGUUGUCCGAGAUCUUGAUCGCCACCCAUGGCUGCCCGUCGUGCUUAUAACUGUAACAACGGCUUCUCCGACAGCUAUAUGCUUCUGAAGCCGGAAGAGGAGAAAUUCUUGGACCUGUGGCGCCUCCUGUUUUCAAGUAACCUCAAGAAAAGGAGAUUUUUAGAUUCGAGUCACGCCAGAGAAUACAAUUUCUGGCAUAGAUUCUUCAUCUUUCUCUCUAUUCUCGUCCUCAAGCUCCUCGGAUUUCUUGCCCACCCACUCGCCUUGUUCGGCUUCUACCUGGAGUCCUCCCUCAACGUUUUGUCUGCCAACCACGGCUUUAGAGGCAUCCUCCUCAAUAUCUUGCGAUUGAAGUUGAAAAUACCGGACAGCUCAUCAGCAGAGUACCUGUCGUUGAUUGGUCAUUUGGAUAGCAGAGUAACGUUGGACCAAAGCAUAAAGCCUGGCGAUGUCAACUACUUUGGAGCUCUCUGCAUGAUGGCUUCUAAAGUCGUCUAUGAGAAUGAAGCACAUGUUCUACAGACAGUCAACGAUGUCUGGAAGAUGGAGUUCUUGGAAUUUUUCAACUUUUGGAACAACUAUCAAGAAAAAUGCUCAACACAAGCAUUCAUGAUGCGGGAUAAAAGGGUUGAUCACGACACCAUAAUUGUGUCUUUCAGAGGCACAGAGCCCUUCAAUGCCGAUGACUGGAGCUCCGACUUCGACAUCUCUUGGUACGAGAUCGAAGGCAUAGGAAAAAUCCAUGGUGGAUUCAUGAAAGCACUUGGGUUGCAGAAGACCCAUGGAUGGCCCAAGGAAAUAGACAGAGAAGAUAAAAGAAGGCCUUUGGCUUACUACACCCUAAGAGAGAGGCUAAGAGAACUUCUCAAAGAAGAUGAGAGAACAAGGUUUGUAGUGACAGGGCACAGCCUGGGCGGCGCUUUGGCCAUUCUAUUCCCUUCUAUUUUGGCGUUCCAUGAAGAGAAGUUGCUGCUGGAAAGAUUAGAGGGAGUUUAUACAUUUGGACAACCUCGAGUUGGAGACAGCAAAUUCGGAGAAUUCAUGGUGAAAUCACUGUCGCAGUACAAGAUUCGUUACUACAGAUUCGUUUAUGGUUUCGACAUGGUCCCUCGGCUGCCCCUUGACAACAACACUUUGAUGUACAAACACUUCGGUCCUUGCAUUUAUUUCAACUGGAACUAUGUUGCGCAGAUUCUGGAAGAAGAGCCAUUCAAGAACUAUUUCUCAAUCGUGGGAGCGGUACUGAUGAGAAUCCAUGCAUGUUUCGAGAUAGGAAGAAGCUUCACAAUUGGGUGGCGAAGGGGAAAGGAGUACGAGGAAAGAAUGUGUUUUAGAAUCGUGAGGUUGCUUGGUUUGUUAUUGCCUGGAAUUCCUGCUCAUUGUCCUCAAGAUUAUGUUAAUUCAACUCGCUUGGGUUCAACAGGUAGUCUUAACAGCGAGUAUGAUGUUAAAAUUGAGUGAAGACUUUUCUUUUAAAAGAAAAAAAAUUGCCAUGUGAUUUGAAUGGCAGUUCAAAA